AUGACUGUAUCCCAUCACUGUGCCGGAACAUGUCUCUUUAACCUUGUGCGUUGUUUUCCUGUUGCAGAAGACCACCUCCCAGCUGGCUUCCCCACCAUUGAUAUGGGCCCGCAGCUCAAGGUGGUAGAAAAGGCCCGCACAGCCACGAUGCUUUGCGCCGCCAGCGGUAACCCUGAUCCUGAAAUCUCCUGGUUCAAGGACUUUCUGCCUGUCGAUACUGCAACUAGCAAUGGGCGAAUAAAGCAGCUCCGCUCGGGAGCUCUGCAAAUAGAGAACAGCGAGGAGUCGGACCAAGGCAAAUACGAAUGUGUUGCGACCAACAGUGCGGGAACCCGCUACUCUGCCCCAGCUAACCUUUAUGUUCGAGUGCGGCGUGUUGCACCUCGAUUCUCUAUCCCUCCGAGCAACCACGAGGUGAUGCCUGGGGGGAGCGUGAACCUCACGUGCGUGGCGGUAGGUGCUCCGAUGCCCUACGUGAAGUGGAUGGCUGGUGUGGAGGAGCUGACCAAAGAAGAUGAGAUGCCUGUUGGCAGGAACGUCCUGGAGCUGAAUAACAUCAUGCAAUCCGCCAACUAUACCUGUGUGGCCAUCUCCUCCCUCGGCAUGAUCGAAGCCACAGCCCAGAUCACUGUCAAAGCGCUGCCAAAACCUCCAACAGAGCCAUUAGUGACUGAAACGACAGCUACCAGCGUGACCCUCACCUGGGAUUCGGGCAACUCUGAUCCCAUUUCAUAUUACGUCAUCCAGUACAAGCCCAAAUCCUUGGAGGGCCAGUUCCAGGAGGUAGAUGGUGUGGCAACAACGCGCUAUAGUAUAGGUGGGCUCAGCCCCUUCUCGGAGUACGAGUUCCGGGUCAUUGCAGUCAAUAACAUUGGCAGGGGUCCCCCCAGCGAGCUGGUUGAGGCCCGGACGGGAGAGCAAGCUCCUUCAAGUCCACCCCUCAAAGUCCAGGCACGGAUGCUGAGUGCCAGCACCAUGCUGGUUCAGUGGGAGCAGCCAGAGGAGCCAAAUGGACAGAUUCGAGGGUACCGUGUUUAUUAUACAACUGACCCGCAUCUGCCUGUGAGCAUGUGGCAGAAACACAACACCGAUGACAGCCACCUGACAACCGUGGGGAGCCUCAUCACAGGGACCACGUACAGCAUCCGCGUCCUGGCUUUCACUUCAGUGGGUGACGGGCCUCCCUCGGACAUCAUCCAGGUCAAAACACAGCAAGGGGUUCCUGCCCAGCCAGCUGACUUCCAGGCAGAGGCAGAGUCUGAUACCCGGAUCCUGCUGACGUGGCUGCCAGCUUCUCAGGAACGUAUUACCAAAUACGAGCUGCUGUACUGGGAAGGAGAGGGUGGUGUUCAGCAAAAGGUGGAGUUUGACCCAACCUCCUCGUAUGCUGUGGAAGGUCUCAAACCAGACACACUGUACAAGUUCCGGCUGGGAGCCCGCUCUGAGCUGGGGGUAGGAGUCUAUACCCCCAUGAUCGAAGCCAGAACUGCCCAAUCCACCCCCUCCGCCCCACCCCAAGAAGUCGAGUGUGUAAGCACCAGCUCCACUACCAUCCGGGUAAGUUGGGUGCCACCGCCUGCCCAGAGCCGCAAUGGGGUCAUCACCCAGUACUCCAUUGCGUACCAGGCGGUGGAAGGAGAGGACAGCACCAAGCAUGUGGUGGAUGGCAUUGGACGGGAACACUCCAGCUGGGAGAUCAAGGACCUGGAGAAAUGGACCGAGUACAAGGUGUGGGUAAGGGCUCACACCGAUGUGGGGCCAGGACCGGAGAGCACCCCCGUGCACGUGCGCACUGAUGAGGAUGUGCCCAGUGCCCCACCGCGAAAGGUGGAGGUAGAGUCUGUGAAUUCGACUGCCAUCCGGGUCAGCUGGAAGCUGCCCAUCUCCAACAAGCAGCACGGGCAGAUCCGGGGAUACCAGGUCACGUACGUGAAGCUGGAGAACAACGAGCCUAGAGGGCAGCCCGUGAUCAAGGACGUCAUGCUGUCGGAAGCGCAGUGGAGAGCUGAGGACUCCGUCGACCAUGAGACGGUCAUUGGAGGCCUGCUGCCAGAAACCACCUACUCGGUCACUGUCGCUGCCUACACCACCAAAGGAGAUGGUGCCCGCAGCAAGCCGAAGGUCAUCACCACCACGGGGGCAGUCCCGGGGAAGCCCACCAUGAUGAUUAGCACGACAGCCAUGAACACAGCCCUCAUCCAGUGGCACCCACCCAAGGAGAUGGUAGGGGAGCUGCUGGGUUACCGGCUGCAGUACAGACGUCUUGAUGAAGAGAAGAUGAACACGAUAGACUUUGGGAAGAGAGAUCAUCACUACACUGUGACGAACCUGCACAAGGGGGCCACAUACCUGUUCAAGCUGUCUGCCAAGAACAGAGCUGGUCCAGGAGAGGAAUUUGAGAAGGAGAUCACUACUGCAGAAGAUGUGCCAAGCGGCUUCCCGCAGAACCUGCGCGUGGUGGGUCUCACCACUUCCACCACAGAGGUCGCAUGGGAACCCCCAGUCUUAGCAGAGAGAAACGGCAGGAUCGUCAACUACACAGUGGUGUAUAGGGACAUCAAUAGCCAGCAGGACCUGGUUAACGUCACCAAGGACACAAGUAUCACUUUGACCAAUUUGAAGCCUGAUACCACUUACGACAUCAAAGUGAGGGCCCGCACCAAUAAGGGAGUUGGGCCGCUCAGCCCCAGCAUCCAGUCCCGGACCAUGCCUGUUGAGCAAGUGUUUGCUAAGAACUUCCGCGUCAAUGCCGUCAUGAAAACGUCUGUGUUGCUGAGCUGGGAAGUGCCUGACUCCUAUAAAUCCUCAGUGCCUUUUAAGAUUCUGUACAACAGCCAGAGCGUGGAGGUGGACGGCCACUCGAUGAAGAAGCUCAUAAGCGACCUCCAGCCGGACACAGACUAUUCUUUUGUGCUAAUGAACCGCGGAAGCAGCGCUGGGGGGCUGCAGCACCUCGUCUCGAUCCGCACCGCGCCUGACGUCUUGCAGAGCAAACCCAUCGCCACAAAUAAGUACAUACAGGAAGGAAAGUUCACGCUCGCCCUCCCCAAAGUCCAGACCACUGUGCCGGUUAGGUGGUACUACAUUGUGGUUGUGCCAGCGGAUCAGAGCACCAGCAGCCCGACUGCUCGGUGGCGGACACCUGAUGAGAUGGAGCUGGAUCAGCUGCUGGAGGCCAUAAGCCAAGGGAGUCAGAGCAGGCGCCAGCGGCGCCAAGCGGACAGGCUCAAGCCCUACAUUGCUGCUCAAGUGGAUGUGUUGCCCGAGACUUUCACGCUGGGGGACGAGAAGAACUACAAAGGUUUCUACAACAAGCCCCUGUCUCAAGACCUGAGUUACCGCUGCUUUGUGCUGGCCUCGCUGGAGGAGCCCCUUUCCCAGAAGAGGUACGCAGCCAGCCCCUACUCAGAUGAGAUUGUGAUGGAAGUGGCUUCUGCAAAGCAGCAGGACGAGCCCGAGAUGCUGUGGGUGAUGGGACCUGUCCUGGCUGUGAUACUAAUCAUCAUCAUUGUCAUUGCUAUACUCCUCUUCAAAAGUAAACAAGAAAGACUAAAGGCUAAUGGGAUUUCUGUUCUUGCCCCGUUUCUUUUCUUUGCAGGUUCCAGUGUCCCCAGUUGCCCGAAUAUCUCAAGCAUGCGCGAUCACCCCCCUAUCCCGGUGACCGACCUCGCCGACAACAUCGACAGGCUGAAGGCCAACGACGGGCUGAAGUUCUCCCAGGAGUACGAGUCCAUAGAUCCAGGACAGCAGUUCACCUGGGAGAACUCCAACCUGGAAGUGAAUAAACCAAAAAACCGCUAUGCAAACGUGAUUGCGUAUGACCACUCGCGUGUCAUCCUGACCUCCAUCGAUGGGGUACCUGGGAGUGAUUACAUCAAUGCCAAUUACAUUGACGGGUAUCGGAAGCAGAAUGCCUACAUCGCUACGCAGGGACCACUGCCAGAAACCCUCAGUGACUUCUGGAGGAUGGUGUGGGAACAGAGAACAGCAACUAUAGUCAUGAUGACCAGGCUGGAGGAGAAAUCCAGGGUAAAGUGUGACCAGUACUGGCCGAGUCGGGGUACAGAAACCUAUGGGAUGAUCCAGGUCACUCUGCUGGACACAGUCGAGCUGGCAACCUACACCGUCCGGACCUUUGCACUGUACAAGAAUGGCUCCAGCGAGAAGCGAGAACUGCGACAGUUCCAGUUCAUGGCUUGGCCUGACCACGGGGUACCAGAAUACCCUACUCCCAUCCUAGCUUUCCUGCGACGGGUCAAGGCCUGUAACCCACCAGAUGCUGGGCCCAUGGUUGUGCAUUGCAGUGCCGGCGUGGGCCGAACUGGUUGCUUCAUUGUCAUUGAUGCCAUGCUGGAGCGGAUGAAGCAUGAGAAAACAGUGGACAUCUACGGCCACGUGACAUGCAUGCGCUCACAGCGCAACUACAUGGUGCAGACAGAGGACCAAUACAUCUUCAUCCACGAGGCCUUGCUGGAGGCAGCAACAUGUGGUAAUACCGAGGUGCCUGCACGCAACCUCUUUGCUCACAUCCAGAAGCUGACCCAGGUCCCGCCAGGCGAGAGCGUUACUGCGAUGGAGCUGGAGUUCAAGCUGCUGGCCAACUCUAAAGCACAUACCUCACGUUUCAUCAGUGCCAACCUCCCAUGCAACAAAUUCAAGAACCGCCUCGUGAACAUUAUGCCAUACGAGCUGACGAGAGUCUGUCUGCAGCCCAUCCGGGGUGUCGAGGGCUCUGAUUACAUCAACGCCAGCUUCAUAGAUGGAUACAGGCAGCAGAAGGCCUACAUUGCCACACAAGGACCACUGGCGGAGACCACAGAGGAUUUCUGGCGGAUGCUCUGGGAGCACAACUCCACCAUUGUGGUGAUGUUGACAAAGCUGCGUGAGAUGGGCCGGGAGAAGUGCCAUCAGUACUGGCCCGCAGAGCGCUCUGCCCGGUACCAGUACUUCGUGGUGGACCCCAUGGCAGAGUACAACAUGCCACAGUACAUCCUCCGGGAGUUCAAGGUCACAGAUGCCAGGGACGGCCAGUCGCGGACCAUCCGCCAGUUCCAGUUCACAGAUUGGCCUGAGCAGGGAGUGCCAAAGACAGGAGAGGGCUUCAUUGACUUCAUCGGGCAGGUGCACAAGACCAAGGAGCAGUUUGGGCAGGAUGGGCCCAUCACGGUGCACUGCAGUGCUGGGGUUGGGCGCACAGGUGUGUUCAUCACGCUGAGCAUUGUGCUGGAACGGAUGCGCUAUGAGGGGGUCGUUGACAUGUUCCAGACAGUGAAGACCUUGCGGACACAGCGACCAGCCAUGGUGCAGACAGAGGACCAGUACCAGCUGUGCUACAGAGCGGCACUGGAGUAUCUCGGCAGCUUCGACCACUAUGCAACGUAACUAGUGCUUUCCUCCAGUCGCGGUGGGGAUGUCUAGGAGUGGAGACGGGUCCCUCUGAGCCAGAGCCGCCCAUUCCUCAGUCUUUCUGUACAGAUCGAGGUGCUGCCCUGGCAGCAGACCUCCACACCAACCUGUUCUGACCACGGCAUUUAGGAACUUUGCCCCAGCGCCAAACGAGGGGAUCCGGCUCCAAAAGCAUUUCCAGUCUCUGGCUGAAUUUCUGCUCAUGUGCAUCUCUCGCCCUCUCUCACGCGACUGCAUUUCACAGCGAGGCUUUAGGUGGGUGGAAUGGGAUCUUUUUUUAAAACAUGUAAAAUAGUUACUAGUGGUUUUUAUAAUCUCCUCUCUUUAUUUUUUAUUUUUUUGCAAGUCUUAAUGUUUUGCCCAGGCAGAACUGGACCCGCCAAACCUUUGGGAGUUGGGGUUUUUUUAAUUUCCUUUUGCUUUAACAUUUUCACUGCCCUGUGUUUAUUUCAGCCCGGUCACUGCUGGUUCUGCCCAUUUUAGUGCAGCUUCCUUGGUAAUUUGCAGCAGCUGGCUUGUGGUUCCUGCCCAGCUCCAUUCCUCGUAGGCUGCUUUUUAAUCCUCUGUAGAAUAUGAAAUUUCAUGGAACUGGAGCUAAGCUACCAAUUAUUUUUUUAGUCUUUCCCUCCCCCCAUUAUUUCCUGAGUAGGUUUGGGAGGGGCAUGUGGGGUCGCUGGAGAAGCGGUCCCGUUUGUCAGCUGGAAACUGUUCAGUCCUACUACAAUGCGUGUUAAACCGAUCCAGUGACCGUGUGUAUUGGCAGAUCCCAAUAUGACGUGAGUUGUCGUCGCCUUGUUUGUGAGAGACCCGAAAUCCCGGGCUCCUGGCUCUGGAGCGUCUUUUUGUGUGUCUCGCUGAGGAGGAGGCAGGAGAAGUCAGUGGGUCGCACACUUCCCCGGGGAUGGGGUGGAAACAGCGAGACAUGGCCCUUUUUGUUAAUCCUGCGCGUGCAAGCACCAUUCUGUCACCUGCAAAUUGGAGCAUUUUCCAAAGGCACGGAGCACAAUCCCAGCUGAUGCCAGAGCAGAGCUGUCCGGCUCUCUUUGGAAAGCAGGGUGCUGCAGGGAAGGGGAGGGGGAGUACACAUGUUUUCAGAGGUUGGGUGUAUCUAUAAUUUCUGCUAUCCUGCAAAUGUUAAAAGUCAUUAGAAUAUUGUACUUUCCGCUACUUCAGGACGUUCUAAUGAACCAAUGUGGCAAGACUACUGGACUUAAUUUAAUGGUACUAUAUAUUAAUACUCCUUAUUAUAUCACGCUUGCACUAAAGACAGGGAGUGAGCAGCCCUCUUUUGAGUGCAUUGAGUUAUGAAUAAAGGUGGUGGAAGGGUAUCUAAUUGUAUUAUCACAUGUAUUCCGAAUGUUAAGAAUCCAAGCUACGUUGAAAUCAGCAAUCCAGGGUUGGUAAUGUUGGAGGACACAUUCAUUUUUACCUUGUGGAUGCAUAGUGCUGUAGGGGUCACUGUUGUAUACAGUCUGUUUUCUAUUUGUUAAUAAAAAAAAAAAAAUCUACAGCAUCAUUGCAUAAUUCUUGAUGUUAAUAAAUUUGAAUAAUCGGGUUUCAUACAA